UAUUUAUUCAGCAUUAUGUAGUGUAGCUAGUGUCAAUAAAGCAAACGCAGCAAAAUGUUCCGCCUGCGUCGCAGUUGCCGCCUGCAGCGUGCUGCGAACUUCUUAGACGGUCAGGUGCCCGGCUACGCAGCAGCACUCCGCUCCCAAAAUUGCGAACCGCGUGUCCGGGAGUCCCUCAGUAGACCAUCCACAUUGGAAGGCCUAGCGGCGGAUGCGCCUCACAAGACCCUUCUGAUGCGACUCUACGAAAAUUUUUUGCAGCCGUUGGUGCCGAGUACUGUAUCGUCUUCCUCCUCAACGAUGUACCAAACCAACGGUAACGAACUUACGGUAGCAUCAGCGACUUCAUCUCCCUUGGCGCUAGUCAGGUCAGGUUCUUUCCCUGCACAGUUGACAGACACAAGAAAUGUAAGUUGCGAGUUAAGGUCUACGGCCGGGGGCCUGGAGCUGUACAACCGCACUGCAAUCGUGGCCCGGGAACCGUAUGUCGAGCUGGUUCCUCGUGUAUCACCAAAUCACACUGGAGCAUUUGGCUACCCGCGCCGGGGUCUUUUACCAGAAGCGGUGGCGGUCAAGUUUCCGAACCUUCUGGUGGAUCCCGUCUUGCCUCCGGACCCAAACCAAAAACGAACCUGCAGCUCCAUCUAUUUGAGUAGUCGCCUGCACGGGUCGACGUGCCCGGUCUUUCUAGCCGUGUACUCCGGAGGGGGUGCGCUGGCGGGGGUCACCACGGGGGCCGAGCCCUGGCGUCGCGUCUGUGCGCGAAUCUUGGAACCGCAAGGAGGAGCAUAUGCGGCAACAGCAGGUGCACGAGUUGGUGAGCAGAAGUUUGGACAAAACCAAAUCGCAGAUACUGGGAUGAAGUCGUCAAAAAAGAAGAUAUCUUUCGUGUCGUUGCACUUGUCGGAUUCGUGGCUGGGGCGCCGGCUCGCCGGUGGUGUGACAAAGGUUUUCUUGCGCAAGCGCCUUGGGACUACACCAGCGACGGACACCAGCCAGAAAAAGACGCUGGAAGCGCACGACGCAUACGUUUACAAAGGUCGGUGGACCCGGGAGCUCGAAGCCCUCCUCGGCAACGUAUCUGACCACCGGGAGCUGCCCAGCUUUUUUCUGAUUGACAGCAAAGGCCUAAUCCGGUGGCAGGCGCAGGGGCUACCGACCGAGGCGGCAGAAAGCGCACUACGUGAAGCGAUGGGAGGUGCCGCACGAAGGGAGCUUUGGGGAACAGCAAGCGGCACCACCGUCACUACAAAUUACUACCGAUCUCAGAGGGAUUGCGCGUUCUCAGGGAUUGCGCGGUAAGCAGCCGCAAACAACUCAGUGCGGUUUACUGCUAAUACAAGGCAUUAUCAACGUGACUCUGGGCCCGGACUAGAGGCUUGUCGCGCGAAUGCGAACUAGAAAAAGACCCUGAACCGUGAAUGUACUUUCUCCUGGUAGGAUACGCGUAAUUCUUGGACAGUGCACCUUGCGCACAGAAAAUG